UUCUCUUGUAACUAAAAUUCAUCAUCGGUCAUUAUUGAUUCAUCCAUUUUCAUGUAAUUGUAAAUCUUUUCCAGUGAUUAAUUAAUUUCGUUGAUUGAUUUGUUUUUGCUAAUUAAUUACUCUUUCAAUAUGAUGUCAAGAUCGUUAAGAGCCGAUACCAGAAGUCGUGCUAAAGAUGACAUGAAAAGAGCGAUGCACGCAAAGGAUAAGGUCAGAAAAUGGGAAAAGAAAUGGGUCACAAUUGGAGAUACUUCCAUGAAAAUCUUCAAAUGGGUUCCUGUCACCAACUAUGACUCUGUUCCACAAAACAAAAAUCUAAAAGGAAAAUCAAUCGCUCAUAACAAGGAGAAUAUUGAAGAGAAAGGAAAAAGUCACUCUCUAAGUCGUAACGAUGCUACAACUAACUCAUCAUUCUCAUCAGUUUCAAAUGUUCUUGUUAAUAAUGACCAAUCUAUAACUGGAUUCUCUGAAACAAGUCAAGAUGAUUCAACCAAUCAUGAGGAAAAGACCCAUGUAACUACAUCAACAUUACUCGGUGAAAACAGUAGUGAUGCUCAAUUUCCAGACAAUGUCACAUCAGACAGAUCAUCAGGGCAUCUUAACUAAAUUAUUUCAUAACAAUCAUAAUAAUCACAAUAAUAAUCAUCAUCAUAUUCAAUCGGAAAAACAAAAGUUUAAAAUUAAAUCAUUAACAAUUAAUUCCUACAUCUGAAAAUUAAACUUUCCGUUUAAAUUUCAACGAAA